AUGAGAGAAAUUGUCCAUAUUCAAGCUGGUCAGUGUGGAAACCAGAUUGGUGCCAAGUUUUGGGAAGUCAUCUCAGAUGAACAUGGAAUCGACCCAACGGGAACAUAUCAUGGUGACUCUGAUCUGCAACUAGAACGCAUCAAUGUCUACUACAAUGAAGCAUCUGGUGGGAGAUAUGUCCCACGAGCUAUUUUAGUGGAUCUAGAACCUGGAACAAUGGACAGUGUUCGUGCUGGACCUUUCGGACAACUAUUCCGUCCAGAUAACUUCGUAUUUGGUCAGAGUGGAGCUGGGAAUAAUUGGGCGAAGGGUCAUUAUACGGAGGGAGCUGAGUUGGUUGACUCCGUGUUGGAUGUGGUGAGGAAAGAGUCAGAGUCAUGUGACUGUCUCCAAGGCUUCCAGUUGACUCAUUCACUGGGUGGUGGUACUGGCUCUGGUAUGGGUACCUUGUUAAUCUCGAAGAUACGUGAAGAGUAUCCUGAUCGGAUAAUGAGCACGUUUUCAGUUGUUCCUUCGCCGAAAGUCUCCGAUACUGUCGUGGAGCCGUAUAACGCAACACUGUCUGUUCAUCAGUUGGUGGAGAACACAGACGAAACUUAUUGUAUUGACAAUGAGGCACUGUACGACAUCUGCUUCCGAACUCUGAAGUUGACAACUCCAACUUAUGGUGAUUUAAACCACCUAGUGAGUGCAACAAUGUCAGGAGUGACCGCGUGUUUGAGAUACCCAGGUCAACUGAAUGCUGAUUUGCGUAAGUUGGCAGUGAAUAUGGUUCCCUUCCCACGUCUCCACUUCUUCAUGCCUGGGUUUGCACCACUAACAAGCCGUGGUAGUCAGCAAUACCGUUCGUUGACUGUUCCUGAGUUGACACAGCAGAUGUUUGAUGCUAAGAAUAUGAUGGCGGCAUGUGAUCCGCGACAUGGACGUUAUUUGACGGUGGCUGCUAUUUUCCGUGGUCGGAUGUCAAUGAAAGAGGUUGAUGAACAAAUGUUGAAUGUGCAGAAUAAGAAUUCGAGUUACUUUGUCGAGUGGAUUCCGAACAACGUGAAGACGGCAGUUUGUGACAUCCCACCUCGUGGAUUGAAGAUGUCAGUAACAUUUAUUGGGAAUAGCACAGCCAUCCAAGAGUUGUUCAAGCGUGUGUCUGAGCAGUUCACUGCUAUGUUCCGUCGUAAAGCUUUCUUGCAUUGGUACACUGGUGAGGGUAUGGAUGAGAUGGAAUUCACAGAGGCUGAGUCGAACAUGAAUGACCUGGUAAGUGAGUACCAACAAUACCAAGAUGCAACGGCCGAGGAGGAGGGCGAAUUUGAAGAAGAGACUGAAGAUGCUUGAAUAAUUGUGGUCCAAAUGCUAUACUAUUACUGCUACUGUUGUUGUUUCGAUAUAUAUAUAUAUAUAUAUAUAUAUAUAUAUUCAUUAUUUACCCCUCGUUCUUAUUUUUGAACUGAUUCUCUUAGAUAGCGUUGUAGGUUAAUACGUAGAAUUGGUUAAUAGGGUUUGUGUGGUAAUUCUUGUGCGUUUCAUCAUGCGGUAUAAUUGGGUAGUAAAUCGAGUAGAUUACGUGGUAGUGAGGGAAUACUUCAAUAAGUAGUAUGAUCAGGUGUGGUAAUGUAUUGCUAGGCUUUGUUAUAUGCUAAAAUAGCGUAGUGCGUCGGCGUCACAAUGGUUAUGACUCGCCGACCAUGCACAUGG